AUGGAAAAGGCCGGCCUCGAUCUCCCCAUCGAAGUCAAAGGAGGAAGCAUCGGCAAGAUCUCCAUAGACAUCCCGUGGACGUCUCUGUACUAUGAACCUGUCCUGGUUCACGUGGAUGAGGUCCUGGUGCUGGCCGGACCCGUCGCUGACCGGAAACACGAUCCUGAGAGAGAUAAGCGGUUGUCCCGAGCACAGAAAAGCAGAAGAUUGGAGGAGGCUAGCCCCCCAGAUCCUGAAGCAACAAGGGAUCGUCCAAAGGGAUUUAUGGAAAAUCUGAUCACAACUAUUGUUAACAAUGUUCAGGUGUCCUUACAGAAUGUGCACAUCCGUUACGAAGACGGCGUCAGCACCAGCUUCCCUCUGUCCUGUGGUAUUGUCCUCCAGAACCUGACCGCUGUGACCACCAAUCACAAAUGGAAAGCUUGCCAGAUCGACGCGGAUGCGAAGACCUUGUUUAAGUUGCUGAAAGUGGAGUCUUUAUCGCUGUACUGGAAUCCGAAUUGUCCCAAUAACACCUUAGUGAAAGCUCAGCUGCACACAGAAGGAUGGAAGACUCUGCUGCGAAAAGGAUUGGCUACCUUUAGCAUCAACGGGGAAGACUUUGACUUUAUCGUCAAGCCGGUCUCCCUAAAAACAAAAAUGAUUCUAAACAAAUCGCAGGAGGAUAAAGUGCCGAAGCUUCUGCUGGAUUUUCUAUUACAAGAUGCGGCUUCUCAACUAUCUAGGGAACAGUUUGUGAGCAUCUACGAGUUGUGUCGGGCGUUCGAGUUGAUGUCCGUGAGUCAACGCUUCCGGAAGUACUUCCACGAGCUGUCCGCGAAGGGACACGCUGCGGAUUACUGGAGGGACGCCUACUCCGCCGUACUUGAUCAAUACGUCAGGCCCUACACCUGGGCCAGGAUACGAGAACAUAGGAACAACUACCGACGCUACAAAUCUCUCUACAAAGACCAUCUUCAUCGUCCAACAGACGCAGAACUCAAACUGGACAUCCAACUUCUGGAGGACGCUUUGGAUGUGACCAGCAUCCUUGCAGCGAGGGAACAAGCCAAGAUGGAGAUAGCCCAGGAAGAACCCGCCUUCGUCCGGAAAGUGCCCACCCAGAAGGGCUGGAGCUUCUGGAGCUGGUUCUCCUCGUCCGGCGAGGAGCCGGACGGGCUGUUUCCUUGGAACCCCCCCUCGCCCGGGAAGAAGGAGGCCCCGGACCGGGAGGAGGUCCUGAUCGUGGGCGAUCGCGACCGGAGCUGGUGGUCCCGGAUGACGGCGGAGGAGCGGCGGCGGCUGUUCGAGGGCGUGGGCUACGGCGGGCGCUGGGGGUCCGGCUCCCCGGACGCGGACCUCAACCACAUCGGCCACAAGCUCAACUUCACGCUGGCCAACUGCACGCUCUCGCUGGUGAGCGGCGAGAGGGAGAUCCUGGUGGCCACGGUGACGCACUUCCUGUGCAGCCUGGAGACGAGGCCCGGAGCCAAGGCCUACAAGGUGUCGGCCCGGACGGAGAGCGUCGUCAUCGAGGGGGCGUCGCUCGAGAACGAUCUGGUGCCCAUCGUCACGGCGGACAACGUUACCAGUGGUUCCAACGUGCCCCACGUGUUCUCUUUGGAUUUCGAGAAGAACCCGUCACACGUAAAUGCUCCGUAUGGACUGACAAUCACAGCCGAACCUACUGAAAUUGUUUACCAUAAAUACGCUGUGAAGGAACUACUGGCAUUCUUCAAACUACCUCGCGUCAGCGUGGAAUUAUUGAAGCAGAAAGCGAAAGAAAAACUGAGGCUCUUGGCGGAAAUGGGCAAAGAAAAGAUCGCCGAUGCAUUCGCCCUGCACAAGAUGGUGCACUUGAACGUGGAACUAAGGUCUCCCUACUUUGUGAUUCCCGAGCAUGGGUCGUUGCAGAAAGGUGGAAGCGUUAUUGUGCUGGACACAGGAAAAUUAAGCAUUCAUACGGACCUACAAUCUGAUGUCUCAUCUCUUGAGGAACCCACCAAGAUGGAGGCAGAGGAGAGGCUCUAUGAUCGGUUCAACAUUGCGCUGUCGGACAUGCAAGUUCUCUUUUCAGAUUCAGUAAAAUGCUUUACUUCAGGUGAUGAGUGGCGCAUGGCGAAACAAAGCUCCGAAUCCGAAAUGCACUUGGUGCCAAAGGCAAAAGUUCAGGUCGUGUUUUCCAACAGUGUCCGACCAGAUUGCAAGACCCUGCCCAGGCAGAAAUUGAACAUCAGCGUGCCGAGCUUGAAACUUAACUUGUCAGAUCGCCGGGUGUCCAUGAUAGUCGAAUUUCUUCAAAACAUUCCCUUACCCCAGUCUCCUUCGCAAGAACACGGCCUUAGCACAUCUCCCAGUGAAUACCACUUGUGUUCUCAUGCCUUAAGAGAGCCAACUGGAACGGACUUGAAGGAGGUCUGGAAGAGAUUGCAUAGAAAACCAACCCCCAAAAUAUCUUUGAGCCCACUCGACGAGCAGAAGCACAUAAAAGGUAUGCUCAUUCGUGCACAGUCUUCUCCCGACCACUCGGACGAGGACGAAUGCAACGUGGCUCGCCUCGUCGACCUCCCCGGUUUCGAGGACAACGUGUCUGCUAGCAACACCGUUCGAAUUCUCUUCAGGCUGGUGUGCGGGGAGGUGGCGCUGCAACUCGCCAGAUCCAGCGACUUGUCGGACAAGCCCUACCUGUUGCUGAGGGCGGAGAAGCUGUGCGUGGACGUGGCACACAUGGAGUAUGGACCCGCCUUACAGGCUUCCCUGCAUAGGAUACAACUCGUGGACAAACUCCACAAAGGAUCAUCUGGAGAAUAUCUAGAGCUAAUCAGUUCUGACAAUGCUGCGGAUAUGAUAACAGUUUUAUACAGAAAAGUUCAAGCAAAUUGUCCGGAAUUCAAAAGCCAUUUCCACCAGGUGGAGCACUCAUUGGUGGUGGACGUGAACUCCCUGUCGGUUGCCUUCCACAGAGAAGCUUUCAUCACCCUUGCUCGUUUUCUUCUUUACGUGGGGGCGAAAAUAAAACCGAAGUCAACGGGAGACUUUCGUCUGUACAGUGGAUUACCCAAACCAUCGGAUUUGGUUCUCACACAUCAAUGUGAUCCUCCUGUGCCGCCCGGUGCCACCAAAUUCAGCAUAUCGGCAAGACUCAACGCGUUGGGAGUGAGAUUGUGUGAUACCGAUCUGGAGCUGGCAGAUCUGAAAGUAGCUGGACUCGAAUGCGACUACGUACUGAAGGCCAAUGAAAAAUCUGUUCUACGCGUGGAUUUAGCUGAGCUUUGCAUGGAAGAUUUGAUGGAAGAUACCUUGUACAGAAAGAUCUAUUCCACCGAAGGUGACAAAGUGUUCAACAUUAAGUGGGUUCGUCGAAGUGCUCAUCAGAAAGAAAUAGUGGAAGGCGCCAGAAAUAAGGAUUCUCUACCUGUUAGAGUCGAUGGAAGUCUGAGGGUUCGAUUUGGAAGGACAUCUGUCGUUCUCUUACACAGUUUUGCCAACGAAUUGCACCGCUUCAUGGAGCCAUUUUUGAAUCCUGAUGCUACCACAUUUGUCAGGAGGACCACAGAAGAAAAACUGCAACAAAAACUGACUGAAUUUCACCAGAGUGGCUUGCGGUAUCAGGUGUCUGUGGAAAUCCACGCCCCGACGGUACUCCUCCCUCAAAAAGCUACUUCUCCCAACGCUUUAGUGCUCCAACUUGGUGAAUUAAGUGUGGAGAAUUUUUUCCAAGAAGAAAUGGAUGAACAGUGCAUAGAAAACCUACUAGUUAGACUCCACGCUUUUCAACUUGCCAGGGCAGUCAUUUUAUUGGAUGGUAGGAUGGAGAUUCGAGAACCAAUCGUAGAGCCGUUGAAAGUGCGCUUAGACAUCAAGAGAGCUCUGAAGCCCUUCAACAAGGAGGGUCUUCUUUAUCAAGUAAAUGGGAGCAUGGAUCUCAUCAAGGUGAAUGUUGGACAGCGCGACUUGAGUACUCUCAUAUCUAUUUAUCAAGAUAAUUACUCGCAGUUGCAAUUCUUCGACAGUCACAAAACUGCUGCCAUCUCUCCAGACACGGAAACGGGACCAGAGGAAAGUGUUCGAAAGCUGGAGGUGUUCCUCUACGCCUCCAGUGACGUCAGAAAGGAGGCUUCCAUUGCUUUCAUACUGGAAGGACUGCAGCUCACCCUAUACAUGGAUGGCGAAGAUAUGCGUUCGUGUCCUACGCGUAAUCCUGCUCAAGCCUUGACAUCUUUCUGUGUGGACGAGACGAACCUAUCUCUUGAAAUGACAAACGACAGGGCCCUGGAAUUGCGUUGCUCUUGUCAAGCGUCAACCCUUCUGGACUUGAGAGUGGAUACAGUUUCUCCUCUGAGGAAGAUUUUCCAGUCUUACAGUGGAGAUAGUGGCAUAACGGGUGUCGUGGGUAUCAGUCUGAGUAUGCCACCUAUGGUAGAUCUGACUUAUCGUCGAACAGCUAACGGAGAUGCUUCAGUGGACGCUGUGGUCGAAAAAAUCCGCCUCAACGUAUCCGUUUCUUACCUUAUGGGAGUUCUAAAGUUCGUGUCGGAUGCGUUGCCAGGAUCUCGCCUGCCCAGCUCGUCUGCCUUCUUAGAAGGUUCAGACGGGGAUGUCCACAGUGGUGGCGGGCUACGUCGCCUGCCUUCGGACUGCACCAGUGGGUACCAGUCCACUGCGAGCCCCGAAGAACUGAGGGCCCUCUCGGUGGCUCUUAUAUUCCGGAAGCCGGAAGUGGUGCUGUUCGCGGAACCGGACAGAACGGACGCUGGAGUGCUCGUUCUCAAGAUGGACGUUAUGAUGGAUUACACAUUCAACCUGGGCGAAGGAAACUUCGUUCUCUCGUUUGCUGGUCUGCACAUUCUCUCUUGCGUCUAUGGACGGAGGAAACACACCAUGUGCACGGUACUUCAUCCCUGUGAGCUAGAACUAAGCAGGAAUGUCCGGCUUACGGAAGAAGAAGUGAAAAUGUCCGUCAACUUGACCAGCGUCCAACUCUGUCUCAAUGCCCCCGUGGUGCAAACCAUGCUUCAAGUUUCUCACCAACUUCUCAGCAGUUUGCGGAUGAGCGCAAACGGAGAGAUGACUUUCGAAGCGAUGUACUACAACGAGAAGGUGUGCUGCUAACCUCUGUUGGAACACGUGAUAGUACGUGAAGGACUCUAUCGACCACUAGAAAUCAUGUUUAAGGUAUUCCGUGACCGAGCCCAUCCCAUGGUGUGCAACGGACAAGACGAACUGGAUGGACGAACUAGGUCCUCCUUGGUGGACGCAGCGCAUUCGGCGUGCUCAUCUCUGUCCUCCUCAGGGAACGAGACGGACGAGGAGGACCCCGUCACUACGACCGUCAUUAGAAGGAGAACGCCAGCCAGACUGAAGAGAUUGUCCUCCAUCGCCAAAUCUAGGGAUUCAACGAGCUUCGUGGCCUGCCCAGGAGACAGCGACAGUGAAAACGAGGACGGCGUCUUAGAGAAGGUUGCCUCCACUUUUGACCACCUGUUUUCCGAGGACGAGGAAGGAGCGUCAGACGAUCCUCCUUCAGAUUCAGAAGGCAUAGCUGAUUUACAUUCGGAUUCUGGAGAGACGGAAACCGCAGACAACGAGGACGUUUUUGACGACGCCGCUGCGCCCGUCUUUGCCAGUCCGCACCAUCAUGAACACAGGACUAUGGAUGCAGUUUCCGAGACAGCGUUGUACCUGACCGUAGACUGCAGAGAUCCUAUUAAUUUGAAUGUCACUCCAGCUGCUCUCUGUGUUAUCAAGGAAGUGUUUACGGAGCUGACCAGUGCCGAUACCACCCUCAAGUCUCGUCGUCAGGAAUCCAACAGGUCGUUACUCGUGCUGCGUAACUGCCUAGGCCCCGAGUGUGCCGUGAAGGUGAUGCGCAAGGAUGGUGAUGCCGGACAAUUCGUCAUCGCGGAGGAGGCGAGGGGAAGAGACACCGUCCCGAAAGCAACUGCGGAGCCGGAUCUGGUGAUGCCCCUGGUGGACAUCAGUCCGGCUGAUUCCGACUCGGAAAUGGCAGGAGACGAGAACGACGGUUUCCACAUGAGCCGCAUUGCGAAGCCCACUCUCGUGAAGCCACCGGACACGUGUGCAAACCCGUACGAAGAGAAAUCCAUCGAUCAACUGUAUGCCGAAUCAACUCGUGAAAAGAUUGUCAUUGAGAUGGAAGGCUUUGACAAGCUCGCGUGCCUUCUUCCAAACAGGAGAACUACAGUCAUGUACGCCCUUCAACCUGUUAAGAAUAAAACGAGGUACUUUGUCAUCGCCGAUACAGAAAUCUUUCAUGGGCAAAGGACUGUUACCGUGCGAUCCCCUCUCAAGAUUCAGAAUCACUUGGGACGGCCGAUCCAAGUGCUCUGUGAGAAAGUCGCUCUAGAAAUGGCGGGCGCCGUACCGGAGGACUAUUCGAAGAACCCCUUUCAAGAUAAGUUCGUUCGGCUGACUACCCUGGCGGCAGAUGGCUCUUAUGACUUACCACUGAUUGUUGCUUACCAUUGCAAGCUGUUCAUUCGACCCAUGCCACUGGAAUCCGACCAGAAAGAGUAUGGUCUUAGCAGUGAAGGUAUCUGGUGGAAAGACAUGACAGCGUCUCAGAAAAGCAGCAAGUUUCUCGAAUGCUACGCAGAAAAGGAAUCGGAUAGUUUGUUCUGCAUGAAGGUGGUUUGCGAAGAGAAUCGUGACCUGAAGAUGCCAUCGGUUGGGACGAAGCUAGUUCCGAAUUUUUGUCUUCAUCUUGAUCCUCCUCUCGUUUUCCACAACUCCCUUCCGUUAACGUUGGACAUCCAUUUUAAGAACAAAGAAAAAACGAUGAAACUUCAAGAAGGUGAAAGUGCCAUCCUCUACGAUUUCGAUCCCCAUCAGCAACAGGACAUCCAAUUAGAGGUUGGUCAGUACGUUGGUCUUCAGUGGCACGGCAAACUGUCUGUGAGCGGUGACACGGAAGAGCUCCAUCCAGUCCCCAUGAGCCCAGAGACGGACACUGGAGGUGGAAAUCGCCACUUGGCCCUGCACGUGCACGUGACGAGAGACAGAAGUUUGGACCUGCACCUCUUCGCUCCUUACUGGAUCGUCAACAAGACUGGGUUGCCCCUGCAAUUCAGGGGUUCAAUGUCCGAUGCCGUAUACGAAGCAGCUUCGAGUGCAGACCCUUUACUUUUCCGUUUCAAAAAGCACCGCAAAAAGAAGGCAAAACUCCGAGUGUACAGUUCUCAAUGGUCAAGAUCUUUCUCCCUGGACACCGUGGGCAAUUGUGGAGUCGUCGUUUGUGCUGACAAGGAAAGAAAUAAAAAAUAUCAUUUCUUUGUCAACGUUGAAGUCUCGAAAAUGCUGCUGACAAAAGUGGUCGUCAUUAAACCUUUCUUCUUGGUCAUCAAUAAUACGGAGAAUCAUUUGCGUUUCAUGGAGAAGAAUGAAGCUACAGAUUUGUGGUUUGACAUUGCACCAGAUAAGUGCCUUCCUUUCUGGCCCGACACGGACUCGCUGAAGAUGUUUGUCAAGCUAAGGGAUAGCAAGGCAGUGUCUCAACAUUUCCCAAUCGAUUUCUCUCAUUCCACGGUCCUCAGAAUGGAACAUGGGAGUGCCUUGAAAGUGGAAGUACGAUGUGGAGAGGACUGCCCCAGCACCAUCGCCUUCCAGAACUACACGCCAGGUGACGCCCCUGUCAGGGUGGACAACUACUGUGAAGAUCUUUUCCUCAAAAUACAUCAAAAAUCUCAAAGCCAGGUGACCCUGCUGAAUCCUUAUCAGUCAGUUUUGUACACGUGGGACGACCCGAGUCAGGAGAGGACCCUGAUAUGGAACCUCUACAACCGGAAACGAAUCGGAUUCCCCGCCCGGAUAGAACGGGAUGGCUACGGAUUCGAAAAGGUCUCCUUCCACUCCUUGCGGAAGCCCCUGCUGCAGCAGCAAUCAUCUUUUAGCUCAUCUUUAGAAGUGAGCAGCAGCUCCGAAGACGACAGCGAAUCGGAGGAUGGUCUUCUGCCCAAGAAAACGAGGAAGGACAAAGUGGUGGUGCAUUGGGUGUCGUACGUCGAGAAGGAACAGAGGGUCCUGCUCUUUACACAGGACGACAGGGUUGCCAGGCAGGUCAGAAAGGCGGUCGACGGCGAACGAGCUUAUCUGGAGUGCUUCCUGUCGCUGAACAGCGUGGGCGUGUCGGUCGUGAACGAGGCCCACCGUGAGCUGGCCCACGCCAGCCUCGCGCCCUGCCCCGCCAUCUGGGAAAUUGAAAUCAACAGGUCGUGGAAGCUGCUCACCCUCGAGCUCUCCGCCUGGCUCGAAGACAAGUGGAACGCGGACCAGCACAAAGCACAGCUCAAGGACUACUUGCAGGUGGAUUUGAGCAAAAUGCAAAUGAUCAAACCCUUCUUUGGCCAAUUACGUCGCUUUUACAGCCCCGCCCUCUGGUGCCAACUCCGGAUAUCUCCAUACCAACUGUACGCUCAUCUUAAGGUGCACAGGUUCCAAAUCGACAAUCAACUUCCGGAAGCCGUCUUCCCAACCAUCUUGCAUCCGGGCACUACACCUCAGUAUAUCGUGAGAAGGAGUGGACCACGCCCCUUUUUCGAAACAGCCCUCCUCCUCAACUCUUCAAGAGAGAAAAAGACAAUAAAGUUCUGGAAAGUACUGUUACAGGAGAUGCACCUGAACUUAGAUAAAGGAUUUCUGCUCUCAAUUCAUGACAUGUACUCUAGGUUCGCCAGUCAGUCUGAUGAGGCAACCAGACUAAAAGAAAAUUUGAAAAUAGCUCAAGCUCCAUUAUAUAGUGAAGAACUGAACCACAAACAUCGUGGAAGGAAAGGAGUGUCUUUUGAAUACGUCCAUCUGUCUCCCAUUGUGAUUCACUUCAGCUUCAGUCCGAGGGGGAUCGUUCACAAGGCCAACCCUCGAGCCCCUUCCUUGCAAGGAGACGCAAUAGAUCUUCUCCUCAACUCGGUGGGGGCCACACUCACUGAAGUCAAGGACGUUGAAAUCAAGCUAGCUUUCUUCGAGCGUCGAUGCUUGUUAGCGGAACCAUCUGAACUAUGGUCAGAAGCUCUGAGUCAUUACAGAUCUCAAUUAGUACAGCAAGUUUACGUCCUGGUCUUGGGUUUGGACAUCCUGGGAAACCCAUUCGGUCUUCUUAAGGACUUUACUCGUGGCCUAGGGGAUUUCUUCUACGAACCUUACCUGGGUUCAGUCAAAGGACCAGAUGAAUUUGCUGAGAGCUUGGCCCGAGGCGCACAAAGUUUAUUAGGCCACGUCAUUGGUGGAUCUACUGGAGCCAUCGCUUUGGUCACGGGAUCUCUCGGCCAAACGCUUUCUGUUCUGACUUUUGACGAAGAUUAUCGAAAGAAGAGACAACAGCGCAUGCAGCUGGCUUCCAACUCUCUCCCGUUCGCUCUCUGUUCUGCUGCCAGGACGUUUGUCUUAGGAGUGGGUCUCGGUCUCUCGGGAGUGGUCGUACAGCCGAUCACUGGUGGUCAACAAGAAGGGUUGGAAGGUUUCUUCCGAGGCAUUGGCAAAGGUUUACUGGGACUCAUUACCAAACCUGCUGGAGGAGUGAUGGAUAUGGUCAGCAUGGCUUUCGACGGCAUUCGCAGAGCCGCAGAAAUGGGUGAAACGGUUGUUCUGCGUAUGCGUUUGCCGAGAUACAUAAACCCCACUGAAGGUCUUCGGCCGUAUUCUCCGUACUUGGCAUCCGGCUGUCAUCUUCUGGAGCUGGUUAGCAAAGGCCAUUAUGCGGAAACGGAUAUCUACUGGGCACAUGCCGCUCUGACGCCUCAAGACCGGACAAGGGUAGCGCUUCUCACCGAUAAGCAUGUAUUCCUGUUGGAGAAAAAUCGUCUGUGGGGUGGAUGGGACGUGGACUGGGUCAUCAGCGUCGAUGAUAUCCUCACCGUACCCCACAUUCAAGCGAACAACCUGGUCAUUAAAGUCAAACAGGAGGACUGGAUUCUGAACUUCGCUGGCGACGAGCGCUACGUGCAAUGCGACGAUCCCCUGGUACUGGAGUGGCUGAAGGACAAGAUCGAGAAGGUCCUCCUGUACAACAUGAGAGAGAAGCCCUGUCCUGUGUGAAUGUGCCUUCCUCCAAAUCAUAACUCACAAAAACCAAAGGGGCU